GAGACUCGCAGCUGUCUUGCUGUGCUGUGCUGUGCCGCACCUGCCUGACUGUGCUUCCCCUCAGCUCGUGAUCUUCGCAAGCUACCCCAAACGGAAAUCACCUUCUGCCUCUGCCGUGCGCUUCUGCUGCACUGCCCGCACCUCGCGCUCCCUAGAACCGGCCGUGUCCGUCCAGAACACAACCACCCGGAACGAACACUCUUUGUUGUCAGUCAAUUGCUUAGUCGGAACGGCACCGCCUUCUUUGGGCACCCAUUCUCGCAACUUGCGAGGUUUUUUUUUUACGACCAUCAAAUACCUCUCCUCAAUACUGCCCAAGAUGCUUUCGCAACGCGUUAUCCGCACCGCCGCUCGGCAAACCCCGACGAUCCGUGCCUUUAGCACGUCGCUGGCGGCCCAGCAGCCAGACCCCAAGCAGCAUACGCCGUCCCUCGGCGACAUUGAACCAGAGCAGCACGAGGCAUUCAACAGCCGGCAGAAGCAGUUCCGGGCACAGCUUGCGGAGGCACAGAAGCAGCGGGAAGCCAGAAAUGCCGCGCGCUCAGCUGAGACGGACCAGGCCGGGCGCAAGGCCGGGCCACUGACCAAUUUGAUUUACGGCACCAAGGAAGGCCGCGAGAUGGACGCGCAGAUCGAAGCAAGCUUUAGCCAGGUACUGGCCCGCGGCAAGUACGUCCACUCGAUCGUCUUCCACGAGGUCAAACCCGAGAAUAUCGACGAGUACGUCGCCCUGGUGGGCGAGUGGUACCCGCGCAUGGCCAGCAUGCCAGAGAAUAAGGUUCAUCUGGUUGGGAGCUGGCGGACUGAGGUGGGCGACUGCAAUACGUUUGUCCACAUCUGGGAAUACCAACGCUACCAAGGCUACCACGCCUCGAUGCACUCCAUCGCGCAGCAUCCCGAGUACCCCGAAUUUGACCGCAAGCUGCGGGCCCUGAUCACGAGCAAGAACAGCUCGCUGAUGCAGGAGUUCAGCUUCUGGCCCACGACGCCGCCGCGCCAGCUGGGCGGCCUGUUCGAGCUGCGGUCGUACACGCUGCACCCGGGCAACCUGCUCGAGUGGGAGACGCACUGGCGGCGCGGGCUCAAGGCGCGGCGCGAGGUCAUGGAGGGCGUCGGCGCGUGGUUUGUCCAGAUUGGCGACCUCAACACGGUCCACCACCUGUGGCAGUUUGCCGACCUCGAGGAGCGCAAGAUCCGCCGUGAGAAGAGCUGGGGCAUAGAGGGUUGGGCCGACACGGUGCACAAGACGGUGCCCCUUAUUCAGGAGAUGAAGAGCCGCAUCUUGAUCCCCAUGCCCUGGUCGCCAGUGGCUUAAAGCGUGAGUUGCCCACACUAUGUGUGGCUCACCGCUGGGAAGCCUAGGACACUGAAGUGGAGUGAACUGUGGGGUUGUCGUGUGUGAAGCCUAGGAUUUUAGCGGGUUUGGGAUUUGGCACGUGGAUUAACUUGAUAACUACGACGUUGGCAGCCGGCUUUAGCACGCUUUUUUGCCUCAAUUGUCCCGUUGCAAGUUGCAAGGAAUUGGUAUUUGUAUAUUUGGCAGCAGAGCAGUAUAUACCUCUAGCAUGCAAAUCUUCUGCACGGGUAUCGUUUGGAUAUCAAUUCGUGGGUGUUUAUUCGUAUU